AUGGCGAACGUGUCGGAGGUGAAUGAAUUCUUGUCCGACAUUUUCAAAGAAAACCAAGAUCUCAAAGGAACAGCAACGAACGAAACAACAUUUAUAAGUGAAAACGACGUGGUCAGUCUUUUUGCGGAUGGGCCACAAGAUUACGAGCAAUCUUCUGAUGGCUAUUUCGCGUUCAGUCGGCAUGUUCCGGAAUUACCGAAUACAAUAAGCGGCAAAAUCAUCACCGGAUUUACAAUAUACGAUGCCGUUUUUGUUUUCGUGAUACUCCUGUUUGUUGCGAAAUUGGAAGAUGCCAAAAUUCUUGCUGAGAAACAGCCAAUUUUCAUCCCUUCAAGGCCAGUGAAGGGAUUCCGAAAGUAUGCUGUGCUUCUAGAGACGGGUCAAAGCCCCGCGGGUGGAACAACAUCUGGAGUAUUUAUCCGUUUGUGUGGCAAGUUGACGAAAAGUCCAGCAUUUUCGCUGUCUUGGAGAAACAACGCUACGCGACAAUUAUUCUGGAGCCGAAACAAGGAUGUUUUUAUUUUGUCUGUUCCUCAUUAUCUCGGAUAUAUCGAGGCGAUAGAAAUCAUGACAGAUGCUGCGGGGCAAAGUCCGCCAUGGUUCCUGAAGAAAAUUCGAGUAAUGUGUUUGGACAAUCGGAAGUGUUGGAAAAGUAAAGUUCAUGCUUGGUUGCGAGGUGACCGGAAACCUUUUUCUUUCAAAACAUAUUUGAUAGGAGCAUUGAGCACAAAAGAAUACAUGGAGAAAGUGUUUCUUCAGAAUCACGCAUGGACGACAAUGUGGCAUAGGGCUCUCGGUUCUUCUUUCACUUGUGCUCAGAGAUGUGCAAUACAGUGGAGCUCAGUGUCUAUUGCUAUGUUUGCAUCUCAUUUCCUGAUGUACAAAUGGCCGUACGAACGAGCAGCUCAAUUUGAUGAAGCGACAGGUCUCCGAAUACCGAUGGAAUAUAUUAUUCGAGGAGAUGACGCUGUUUCUGCAGGUGUAUUGGGCGCACUAGCUGGUACCGCUGUUGGAAUGCUGAUCAGAGGAAUUGCCCGGCAGUCCACGAGCGCCAACAAAUGGGCUCGUGUGGACGAUAAGGACGAUUUCGCUCAUAUUAUGGGACCUGAAGAUCUAACUUUUAUAGAUGGGGCGGUUGUAAUUGCAAACAGGCCUGACUAUAGUGGACCGAAAUUCCCUCCGUACCCGCCAUGUGUCGAUGAUACAGUUUUAAAGAUUUUGGAUACACUUACUCCUGGGCAAAUCAGCACGAUGAAAAGAUUGGUAGAAUGUGGAGAUGGAUCAUGUGAAAUGAAAGAAAUGCUGGAAAACCAAACAUGCUGUCAAGCAAAAGAAAAAACGGAAGAAGCAGAUCCGACCCAGCCUGCUCCAAGUGCCGAAAAAAUUCCCACAGAAGAGAAAGUUGUUGAAAAGACUGUUACCAUCGAAGAAGAUGCUCCUCCAAUGAACGCGGAAAAACGAGGUUACAGAAAAAGUAUUGCCCAAGCGAUGUAUUCCAUGUGGGACACUACGUUAACUGGAUUAGGUGUAUCCAGCGGCAAAGACGACACUUCGGAUGGUGAAACCACUGUUCCUAAACCAAGUGCCGGAACGAACCUGGAAACCAAAAAUGAAAAACAAUAUCGCAGUCCCAGACGUUUAUUCAGAGAUGAAAAAAGAAAACGUAGGGUUGGAUUUCAAGGUCGUUCUGCACCUUCAAUAUCUGCACGAAUUUCAGACGGUUCAAACGAUUCGAUGAAAAAUUCAUCCGUAAUGGGAGGUUCUUUGAAAGAAGACUUAGUAGUACCGUUGCCCGAAGAUUACGACUCUCUUUCAGACCCGGAAUCAGACGAAGAAAUUGUAACUAAAGCUAUAAAAGGUUCACACGGAAUCAAUUUGCGACGCAGAUCACAAAAAGUUUACGAUAUGGCUCCUUGGUGGGAUGACAGACAUCGAGUUUAUGUUUCCGCCCCCGAUGCAGGUAACGAGCAUCAUCAAGCGGUGAAUGAAAGAUAUGAACGUACAGCAACACCAGAAACAGCUUGCUGUAAAGUCAGAGCCGAAGCCGUUGUGGGUGAAGAACCGAUUUCAAAAUACUUGGAUGAGGAAAUAGAGUUACCGCCAGGUAGUGUAGGAGAGUCUGGAAGCGGUGGUGCCUCGAUGGUUUGCGGUUUUGCUCUUCUUGCUGGUGUGGUUCUCUCUCCCUACGUUCUCUACGAACGUUUGCCUUUGCCGAACGCACACGCUCUCUACUAUCUUUAUGCUGUUAUGUUAUGCUUCGUGUUCCAUUCUCUCGUAUUCUGUACAGCCGAUGCGAUGGCAUGUGCGAUUAUGGCAACUUGGACUCGAAGGCGAAGGAUAGCACAAACUCGUAGCGGCGGUACGGAAGAGUGUGACGCCACAGCUACCGAUGAACAUGGAUGAACAUUUAUUUCUCAAGUUAUUUACGACUUUAGGGUAUAUCGAUCUAAUAAAAUGAUAAAAAAAAUUAACAAUGAA